AUGAAACUGGACGAUGAUUUGUGGGCAUAUCGUACUGCUUAUAAGAUACCCAUAGGCAUGUCACCAUAUGCGUUAGUGUUUGGAAAGGCUUGUCAUCUGCCGUUGGAACUAGAAUAUAAGGUAAUGUGGGCAGUUAAGAAACUUAACUUUGAUCUUAAGGCUGCAGGAGAAGAGAGAGAACUUCAGCUACUAGAGCUGGACGAGUGGAGAUUACAGGCGUAUGAGAAUUCCAAAAUUUACAAAGAACGUGCCAAGCGAUGGUAUGAUAAGCGUCUUUGUGAGAAAAACCUCAAGGCAAGUCAAAGGGUAUUACUGUUCAACUCUAGGCUACAUCUCUUUCCUGGAAAACUGAAGUCGCGUUGGUUUGGGCCUUUCAUAAUUAAGGAAGUAUUCCCGCAUGGAGCAGUGGAAUUGACCAACGAAGAUGGGACCAACGCAUUUAAAGUGAAUGGACAAAGAGUAAAUAUGUAUCAUGGAGGAGAUUUCCAAUGUGAGAAAACCUCCAUUGACUUGGGUAAGAGAUUUCCAAUGUGA